CUCGUCACCAAUUGUUACUAAUAAAUUAUUUCAUCAAUAAUUUUUUGAUUUUUAUAAAUACAUAUUUUUCAAAAGUCAAUAAUAAAAAAAGUGAAACAUAUUAUGUUAUUUUAAUUUAAAGCUAUUUUAAAUUCAUUAUAAUUUUUAUAAGAAAAGCCCAAAAUCAAAAACUUUCCAUUCCCUCCAAAUCAGUCACCCUUCACUCUCUUUUACUUUUGAUUUUUAUUUCCGCUGUCUCUUUUCAUUUUCCUUCUUCAGCCCAGAAAUUUGAUCUCAAGCCAAUGCGAAUGGUGUUUAAGUUAAAGCCCCUGCUUUUGUCUCCUUUCUCUAAAUCCAAACCUUCGCCUCCUUUACGCAUCGCCGACGUGCUUUUACUUCAAGAUCACGAAGAAGACAGCCUCCUUCUCAUGGACGGUUCGCGCCGUAUCGCUGCUCGCUUGCUCUCUGCUCUUAAGCGUGGGAAGGUGGCGAAGAGGGUUAUUGGUGACGAAAGUAAGGAAGAUGACGUUGCGCCGCCUGAUCACGAAACCGACGCUCCUGAUUUCUCAUCCGGUAACAAUAUAAAUUUCCCUAUUUUUUAUAUUUUGGCUUUUGAAAUUUCAAAUUCUAAUGUUUUUUAUUUAUUUAAAGAAGCAGAAAUAUGUGGGAAGGAAUCUAACUUUAAUGUGGGAGUAGGGUGUUGUUUGCUCCAUCUUAUUGCUGAGAGUAAAAAUGAACUUCAAAAGAUGAAGGAAUUGAAGAUCCAAAUGGAGAAUGUUCUUCAAAAUGUUAAAGAGGGACUGCUAAAUACAGACAUACUAGUUUGUAAGAAUCUUGAAUCAAAUGAUGGGGAUGGGGUCGAUGAAAGUUUGGGUUUUAACAGCAACCUUACAUCAAAUAAAGUAUUGUUUGAUCAGUCGUUGAAUUGUGAUGAUGCACCAAAAGACGAUUGUUUAGAAGGAAUGGAUAGACUUGAAGCAGAACUUGAAGUUGAGUUAGAACGUUUACUUCUCCAUUUGGAUUCAGGAAAAUCCUCCACAAUCCCACCUGAGAAAAACAUCAAGGAGAACACUGUUAACACCACUUCAGUGAGAAGCUAUAAUGCUGAAGUAAUCGACCCUACAAUUGAGGCAGAGGAAGAAGACCGUCCGGACUCACAUGGCGGGGUUCCUCCAUAUGAACUGGAGAGGAAGUUGCAUGAAUUACUGGAAACAAGGCAGGAACAACAGAUAAGAGAGCUAGAAACUGCUUUGGAAACCGCAAGGCAAGAGCUCCGUGAAAAGGAAGGAGAGAUUUCUUGGUGGAAAGAAACCGCACAUCUUAUGUUAAAACAUGUUAAACAACCUUCAGGACUUAAAUUUCCAGUACGUUCGACAUGCUCACCAACUGAAGUGAGAAAAAAAGGAUUGUAAUGCAGCUGAUCCCCAUCAUGUAUUAGGUGUAAUUGGUGGGUUUUAAAUAUGAGUUGCUUCUCAAUAUUUAGAUGAUUGGUUUGAAAAUGUAAUAACAAGUGAGAAAUGAAUACACGGAUUCAAGGGAAAUAUAUAUAGUUCGUCAAUGGAUCGCUUAUCAUAUAAAA